GAGAGCAAGGCCAUUGGGAAACCCUUUGUGAGAGAAAGGCAUAAAGGCAGCGGAGUGAAAAGAAAAGGGAAGCUCAUCUCUGUGUGUGUUUUGGUGAAGACGUCCGCAAAAAAAGGAAGAUGCUGUGGGUUGUGUUGGCAGUGGUGGUGGUGUUGGCAUCUGUCCUGGUACUCCUCCGUCAGAGCAGUGGUUUGCUGGCGCUUCUCUGGCACGAUGUGGUCCAUCAGCGGCUCCUGAACUUCUUCACAGGACUAUCACGACCACAGCGCAUCUUGAAAGCCGUCCAAAAAAACGCCACUAAAGGAAACCCAGAGAGCGUCAUCGCCGCCAUUGACCACUAUUGCAGACACAGCGAAUGGGCCAUGAAUGUGGGCGACGAGAAAGGCCUCAUACUGGAUUCAGUCGUGACAGAGGUGAAUCCCAGCACGGCUCUGGAGCUCGGUACAUACUGCGGAUACUCUACUGUUCGCAUCGCUCGCCUGCUCUCCCCUGGAACAAAACUCAUCACACUCGAAUUUAACCCAGACUACGCUGCUAUUGCACGGCAGAUAAUCGCCUACGCUGGCCUUCAGGACAAGGUUAUUCUAGUUGAGGGACCCUCAGGUGAUCUGAUCCCCAAAAUGAAGCAACAACAUGGAAUCAAAUCUUUCGAUUUUGUGUUUUUGGAUCACUGGAAAGAUCGUUACGUUCCAGACACCAAACUCCUUGAGGAGUGUGGUUUACUCAGAAAAGGCUCUGUCCUUUUGGCUGAUAACGUCAUUUGUCCUGGAACUCCAGAGUAUCUGAAAUACGUAAGAAACGACCCACGCUAUGAAAGCCGAUACUUCAAGUCCAACCUGGAGUACACCAAAGUAGAAGACGGCCUGGAGAAAUCGGUCUUCUUAGGAUGAACAUCUCAUUUCACGAUCUCACUAGAUGAAGCUGAUGCAAUGAAUGACUGUAAAACUGGGUUGACACCAGCAGAAGAGGAACAUUCCAAUUCCUGCAAAAUGUUUGUGUGUCUCGACAUGCCAAGUAUCCUUUUGUCCUUAACAAAACUAAGACACAACAAUAGGCCUGUCACAAUAUUCAACAAAUCCACUUAUCGUGCAAUACUUGGAGAUGGCCUCAAUAAUUUUUGCCAUUGCAAUAUAUAUUUACAAAUUCACAAAAAAACGUUAAAGCCGUUUUGUAAUGACAUUUACAUUCUACCUCAUAGGUGUCAAAGUUUAUAAUUGAACAUUUACCUAAUAUGACAUUUAAUAGUAUAUAAAGAAGACAUUUACCUAACAUCAAACUGUACAAUCUAAAAAACCUUAAGUAUGAGAAGUAUUUUAAAGUGUUUAUGGCAAUUUGCAUGAUUAGGUUAUAAAAUAAGUAUAUAUAGACAGGGUGGGCCAUUUAUAUAGAUACACCUUAAUAAACUUAUUGGGAAUUUCACAAGAAAAACAAUGGUGUGCUUGGUUUUAAACAUAACUUUAUUCUUUCGUGUUAUUUACAAGCCCCCUCACAUAUACUAAUGUGCCACAAGCAGGACCUUAACAUCACCAACCAUUCCCAUUUUAUUAAGGUGUAUCCAUAUAAAUUGG